GAGGAGCAAGUGGAGGAGAAUGCUGCUGGGGUGGUGAAGAAGAAACAUCAGUUUCGGGUGGCAGCACGGGCGCACUUGCAGCGAUUGGACUCCCUCCUGCAAGACUUCUCUGGCAACGGGUUGGCACAGUUUGUGCCCGAGGAGCACUAUGCGAAGCUAUAUGCCGAGGCAACUGAUUCCAAGAAGAAGGCCAUGGAUGAGAUCUCGAACAAGCGGUGA